AUGAUAAGAAGUCACAGAUGUUUGGUCAAUUUCUUCGUUUUACUACUUGCAGCCUCGUCAGUAGUUUGUGCACAACUUGCCAAUUGUCAAAACUAUGGAACACCACUCAAUUCAACUGAUUGCAAAUGUCCAGCUUACGUCACUGGACGAAAUUGCGAAAAUGUCAUAUGCCGACGAUAUGCAGUUCCUGACAAGGAUCGAUGUGCAUGUGCUCCUGGAUGGUACGAUAAAUAUUGUGGAUUGCGUGGAUGUAGACCUCCAAAUGAAGAUCAAAUGGAUUUGGAGAAGAGAUCUUUGAUCGUUGUUUUCAAUACAAAGACUACGAUGAAAUCUCAAUUAGACACCUUGAAACAUAAUUUCAAUGAGAUGGUUUCGAAAAUUAUGAGGAAUUCAUUUGGGACAAGAACCCCUUGGAUCGACAACUACAUCGUUUAUGGAUUUGUCAAAUCUGGAUCCAACCUGCAUAUUCAAUCUGAAUUUGUCUAUGAUUCUGAUGACGUUAUCAAUUAUCUGAACAACUUGGAACUAUUCGACGGAGAUGCCACUCAACCAUUGCUAACAGCUGUUAAGGAUUCACAAUAA